GAGAAAUUUUUUCCAAGCAAGAAAAAAAGCUAGUGAGAUCUCUAAUCCCAGGUGCGCACCGGCGAACUCGCGACGCCUGCGGGCUGGAGGCGGAGGAGGGGAAUGGCAAGGUGAGUGCGUGAGUCGUGACGUUGAAUGGGUACCGGACAACCUCAAACUAGACCGGCAACCGCUUAGCGUGACGCGGUUGACGCCGAACGGGGAACGGGAGGCCAGAAGAGGAGGGGUUGGCCGGAGCGCCGCGUGGUGGGUUUUGAAGAUUUGAAGGCGCUGGUUCAUGAGAGAUCACCAUCGAACAGAAUUGCCAGUUAAUUGUUCCUGAUGGUUAUCAGAUGUUUUCUAAGUGUUGCAAAUAUAAGGAAUGGAAUCACUCAACGCUGUCGAAUUUCUCUUGCUGAUGAGAUAAGUCAGCCUUCUUUGACAGUUGAAGUAGUUGGCUCAUCUUUAGCAUGUUAUUACAAUUCCUCGCAGAGGAGACUGAUGAGUAAAAGCAGGAGGGUUCAGGACAGAAGCAAGAAUAAAAGGGUUCAUGACCUCGAAAUCGCUACAGAAAGGUGGAAGGUAUUAUCAAAGAUUUUGUUUAUUAUGGAUGUAAUAAGGAAAGAGCCCGAACAAAUCAUUCCUUUGAGGAACUUAGAACAAUACCGACAGCAGAUAAAUCUUAGCAAACCUCACAGAGUUUCUGACUUUGUUCGAAAGUCUCCAAAACUCUUUGACCUCUAUAAGGAUAAUAGGGGAGUUGUAUGGUGUGGCUUUACAAAGAAAGCUGAAAAUCUUGUUGAAGAAGAGGGUCGGCUUAUUGAAGAGAACACUGAGAAAGCUGUUGAGCAUGUCACACGACUGUUGAUGAUGUCCGUGGAAAAAAAGCUUCCAUUAGAUAAGAUUGCUCAUUUUAGAAGAGACUUUGGCUUUCCCUUUGAUUUCAGAAGAAGAUGGAUCCACAUGUUCCCUGAACAUUUCAGAGUUAUAAAAAUUGAUGGUUCAGAGUAUUUAGAAUUGAAUUCCUGGAAUCCUGCUUGGGCAGUUACAGAGUUAGAAAGAAAAUACAUGCCAGAAAAUAUGUCUGGGCUUCCAUCACCUGGAAUUCUUUGCCUUCCUUUUCCAAUGAAAUUCCCUCCAAAUUUCAAGAAAAUUUUUAGGGAUGGAGGUAAAAUUGAGCAUUUUCAGAAAAGGUCAUACAUAUCUCCAUAUGCUGAUGCUAAGGGCCUUGUUCCUGGUUCACAGGAGUUUAACAAAAGGGCGGUUGCAGUGAUUCAUGAGAUUUUGAGCUUCACCAUUGAGAAAAGACUUGUAACUGAUCACCUCACACAUUUCCGAUGGGAAUUUGUGAUGCCCCAAAAAUUGAUGAGGCUUCUUUUGAAGCACUAUGGGAUUUUCUAUGUUUCUGAAAGGGGGAAAAGAUUCAGUGUCUUCCUGACCGGAGCUUAUGACGGUUCAGAGUUGAUUAGGAAAUGUCCUCUUGUUCUCUGGAAAGAAAAGAUUAUAAGUCUGACUGGCUACAGAGGAAGGAAGAGGGGAGUAAAAAAUUUUAAUGAAUUUGUUGAUUUUGAUGAAGGUGAUUUGUUUGAUGGUGAGCUUGAUGAUCAAGAUACCAUUUCUAAUUUUGAAGAUGAUGAAAGCAUAAGCACUCUCAAGGAGCCUACCCUUGCGGAAGACUCAGAGAUGGAUGUGAGAGAUUUGUAUGAUACAUACGGGAUCACCUAAUCUAUUUCAGAUUGGCAGCCUUAGUUUGGUACUCUUUUGCUCUUUUAAUUUUAAAUUUCCGCUUAUGGUCUAAAGUUUUUAUGGUGAGGCAUGUUCUCAAUAUAGCCUUCGUUUGGGACGGCUUUCUCGCUGCUUCUUGAAGCAGUUUUUUGUACUAUAAAGCUGCUUCAAGAAGCAUCAAGAAAGCCGUCCCAAACGAAGCCAUAGUCUUUGCAUACACUUGGCAUUGCAUCAGGUUUUCUUCUGCUUUCUCUCUUUUUUUUCCUAAUACCAAAAAGCACCUUUGAAAUCUCUUCAACUCCUCAAACUUACUGGCUCACCUGCUGUCAUUCUUGAAGUUAUCCUCUUUUGCAUGUUUUCUUCGGCUAAUAAAUGCUCAUUUUAUGAAUUAAUGAGCCCAACCUCGUACCAUGAAGCCAAAAGGUUUGUUAGUAUACCAAUUACCAGUGUUUAGACCUCAGUUACACUUUGGAGUUGUGCAUAUCACCGUUUAUGGUGUAAAAUGGGAAAAUCAUGCUAGCUAAAGAAAUAUAGAUGAAAGCAUGCUAAAACUGGAUGUGUGGAUCUAUUCUCUUCAGCAAGUAGAGAUUUAGAUGUGUUGAGUUUUGAAUACUAUUUAUCAAUAAAAUCAUGAUUAGCCUAUCGCAUUGUAAUUUUAUUGGCUUAUUGAAGGAAA